AUGUCGCUGAAUCUCUUUUCACCGAUGAUGCGCAGCAUCUCCAAGGCUGUGCCUUCAUCAUGUCGCUGGAGUUCAACUGGAGCCAUGAGCGCUUUCACAGCCCAACGAUCCCCGGCAUCAAACGAUCGAUUCGCAAACAAGCGCAGAGUGCCUAACCGCUUGCGCCUCCUCGAAGACCAAAGAAUCCAGAACGAGAGCAAAGCAUUGGAGAGAUUCCAGACCCGCGAGUGGAAGUCUGGUGAUGUGUAUGCUCCUCACGAUCUUAGCCCGGCUGAGAUGAAGAAAUGGGGCCAGCGCAAAGCACCCAACCGUGACGCCUUUGAUGCUUUAAAUCUGAACCCGCUGAACCUGUACAAGAACUUCUCUGUUAUAUCCGAAUACGUUUCGCCCAUGGGACGCAUCAAGCACCGAAACCAAACCGGUCUUCGCCCGGUCAACCAGCGAAAGAUUGCCAAGGCAAUUCGAAGAGCCAUGGGACUUGGUCUGAUGCCUUCGGUUCACCGACAUCCUGAGAUUCUAGCAUCGGAGCUUAAGAACAAAAUGGGAAGCUACUAA